AUGGUGACGGCAGUCGACUGGUUCAAUGCAGCAACCCAGGUGGUAACGGCCGUGUUUCUGGUGGAUGUCCCGAAGGAUACACUUGUUAUUCAUCUCCACUUUUGGACCAAAACGUGUGCUGUGGAGCCAGCACCGAGCUGCAGUGUUACACUCUGUCCUACUUCCUCAACUCCAUUCAUCUCUGCCCUCUCUCUUCAACCAAUGCAGUGUACUCCUAAUGUGGAUGGUGCCUGUCCUGGAAAUUUCUUCUGCUGGUUCUCAACGACUGCCACCUCUGUCAACGCCUUUUAUUGCUGUCGUUCUCCGGAUAGCGUUGAUACUGGAUGUGAGUUGCAACGCCAGACACCCUUGGUUUACCAAAGAAAUCUUUUAGUCUGUCCACCUCAACUCGUUCCUGUUCCUGGAGAUGGUGGUGCUCAGUACAAGUACUGCUCACCAUCGGCACCCCUGAAUGAUGCAAUUCAAGGAUGCGGAGCGAAUAGGCACUGCCAGUAUAUCUGCUGCGGACUUGAAUCUGAUGUGCGGUUGCCGAACGUAUGCCCACCGCAGCCGGCUAACCUUGUUCCGGUCGAAUUAGCUGGCAAUUAUCGCACAUGCAACCCGUGA